GUGGCGGCGCCGCCGCCCCGGGCGACGGCGGGGAGGCCGGCGCCGCCGCCAAGGAGGAGGGCAAGGCGGCCGAGGGAGCCGACGCGCCAACCGCCGCGGACGGGAAGGACGAGGGAGGCGACGUGGCCAUCAUCGACUGCAAGACAAAGAAGGUCGGCGAGGACGACUUCCUCCGCAUCGUGGAGCAGAAGGCUCAGGUUCCCGAGCGGGGUGACGACGCAGUGGCGCGCCGCCGCUGGUCGCGGCCGAGGCGGUGGGACGUGCGCAUCUGGAACGUGCGGAUCGAGAACCUCACCGAGGAGAACCUGAACCACUUCGUCGAGUUCAAGUUCGGUGGGAGCAAGGAGGAGUUCAUGGUCACCCCCAACAGCGGGGGAAAGCCGAGGCUGUGGGCCGCAGGGGUGGAUGGCCUCGAACUGCGGACCCCCGUGGUCGAAGACGAGCCAGGCGACGGGGAGGCCACUGACACCGCCUUCGACGAGUCCUUCGAGUGGAGAGGAUCUCUGCUGGACCUGGAGGAGCAGACGCUGCGCGUGGAGCUCUGGUGCCACUUCGCGUGGGGGGCGGCCAAGUUCGACUCCUUCCACCAGGCCCCCCUCAAGCAGUACGCCACGGGCUUCAUCGCCAACGAGGUGGAGUGUAACAAGCUGACCGGCUCGGGCAAGUCCACACCCCGCGCGAAGAUCUUCUUCAGCCUGAUGUUUCAGGAGCUGUACAACUUCGAGCUGACGCUCGGCACCUGGCGCGCCUCUAGCCUGGAGACCUGCGCGGACGUGCUCAAGCUGGUCCGGAGGAAGUCUUCCGACUUCUCGGGCACGCAGUACGGGCGCCCCAUUGGCACCGCGGAGGAGAGGACCGGGUUGCUGCGGCCCUCCGUGGUGUCCACGGGGACCGCCAGGUACCACGCAGUGGCACAGCGGCUCGACGUGACUCUGCACGCGAGGUCCAAGAAUUGGCUGGAGCAUCGCUGCCCCGCGCGCUGCGGCAGCAUCGGCCUCUUCCGCUGGCUGGCAGACUGGCUGACUCGGCAGGUCUCCAGCUCGGUCUCCCCGCCGGGCCCCGUGGGCCUCGCCGAGUGGACGACCUGGCGGGGGGGCGACAACGUGUUCAAGAUCAGAGGCACGGUGUCCGACCUGAACAACUCUUUUCUCGAGGCCGAGGUCAUGACCGCCGAGGUCCCCGAGAGCCUGGGCCUGGACAGCGCCCCCCCGGGCUCCCAGAGAGCCGGCUGCUGCUGCUGCCGCAGGGCCGCCUGGGUGCCCCUCGGCAAGGCAAGGUUGCCCCUGAAGGGGGUCCUCGAGCACGACGACCUCAAGGCGGAGUUGAUCCCGGCACCCUGGUUGCACGCUGCAGGCGACGCCAGCAAAGCCCGAGAGCAGGUGUGUGGGCGGUUGCAGGCGCCCGUCAACGUAGGGCAUCGCCCGGAGUACAAGCAGCGAGACGACAUGAUGGCCGAGGAGGUCGACCAGUCGAAGAGGUAUUUGUUCGUGAAGGUUCUCAGGGUGGACAUGGUAGUCACCCCAGACACGAGGCCUACCACUGAGAUCGACACCUUCGUUGACGUUACCUUCGACGGCUCAACCCAGCGGACGCGCAUCGUGCAGGACGACGAGUCGCCAACUUUCAACGACGAGUUUUGCUUCGAGGUCGUGCUGCGAGGGGCUGCGGAUCAGAAAGCGGCUGGCUCCGAGGUCGAGGAUACCAAGGACACGUGGGAGGAGAUCGCGAGCAAGGGCCCGGUGCAUUUUGACUUGUGGACCGAGGGCACCACCAGCAGCGAGCACCUCGGCGCCUGCGACUGCUUCUUGGCGGAAGUCCUCGUGAACGAGAUGGGGGAGGAGCAGAAGCGCUGCGAGAAGUUUGCGAAGGACUCGCGUGGCAGGCCAUUUCCUGUGACCACCCGCGCCUUCCGCGGCUCCAAGCGGCUGAAGUUUCUGUGGACGGGUGGCGCGGGUGGGCAGUCGAAUCUAUUCUUCGAGAUGUGGUUCGUGCCCGACUUGGCCAAGGAGGCGAAGUUGCCGAAGAGGCGAAAGGAGCCCGUCUUGCCGGAUCGUCUGAAAAGGAGGUUGAACGAUUGCAAGCAGCAGUGGAAGGCCAAGACCUCUCACCUCGCGGUGGACUGCAGGCAGUUCCCUUUCUCGGUGCUGACGCAGUGGCAGAUUGACGCGCUGGACGACAAGAAAGGGGAGCCAGCCCUGAACCUGCUGCCCUGCUUGCUGGACACUGUGAAGCCUCCGAGCUCUCUCGACAACCGCAACGCGGUGGCCGACUUCGUUGGUUGCAUCCCCUACGCGCCCAAGAAGAACCAGCUGACGUACACUCCCGACUUCUUCUGCCUGUCGCGCAAGGGGGACUCCUUCGAGCACGCGCUGCUGCACGCGAGCUUGCUGCUCGGGCGCAUGGAGAAGGCCUACGUCUGCCUCGGGACCGGCAUGAACAGGGAGCGCCACGCGUGGGUGGUGACCUUCGAGGACGACGUUCCGGGCAGCAUCACCUUCUGGGAGCCCUACAUGGGCACGGGCUCCUUCACCCGCCGCCGCCGCCUGGCGCACCCGGAGCUGCCCUCCCCCUCCGCCGACCUGAGCCCCGAGGCCGAGGCGGCGGAGCGGGAUCGGCGCAGGCGCCUCGUGGUGCACCGGGCGGGCCUCAGGGGGGGCGACCUGGUGCUGCCGGCGGGGCGCGAGCACGAGCACGAGAUGCUGUACUAG